UGAUUACAAAGAAGACGAGCUUUGUAUAUAAUGAUUAAGAAUUGCUUCUGCGGUCUUAAAUCUAAAUUAUAUUCAAAAUUAAAGACGACUUUACAAUAAGACCAAUUAGAAAAGAAACAUAUCUUAAUCAUAAGACAUAUUCAACCAUCUCGGCUAAUGUAUUCAUUUCACCGUCAUACACAAGCCUCUUUGAGGCCAUCUCCAUAGCCUAUGAUCACUGGUUCAUUUACUUUCUCAAAAUGAUCAAAUUAGCUAUGCGAGAGAUCAAGAUUUUGGAGGGUUGUCGAAGCUUUCUCUUUGUUGGUGUUUUGAUCACUGGAUUGUUCUUCAGUUGUGUGAGAUCUGAAGUUUAUACAGUUGGUGAUGAUGAAGGGUGGAUUUCGGAUUCGAACUACGAUUCAUGGUCACGAAAAUACAAUUUUAGCGUUGGUGAUGUUCUUGUGUUCAAGUAUGUGAAGGGGCAACAUAAUGUAUAUGAAGUAAUGGAGGGAACAUAUCGAUCAUGCGAUGUAAGCAGAGGAGUGAUAGAAAAGUAUGAGAGUGGGAAGGAUGAAGUGAGACUCACCCAACAAAAAAAGUAUUGGUUCAUUUGUAAUGUAGCUGGUCAUUGCCUUGGAGGAAUGAGGUUUAACAUUGAUGUCAAAGCAUCCACUUCUGUUCCUGUUCCUGUUCCUGAUACUAAUUCUACUUCAUCCCCACCAACUGAACAACCCCCACCACCUCAUUCACCUGCAUUUUCUAUUUCUUUUGACAGGUGGACCUUUUUGUUGUACCUUCUCGCAUUUCUAAAUUUAUUCAAUUUGUAGCAUUGAUGGGUUAAAUUUUUUUGCCAGAUUUGUACCCUGAAUAGUGACCGGUCGACUAUACUGACUCUUUAUUAUUUUUUACUUUUUUCUUUGUGCCCAUCAAUUUUUACUUUUUCUAUAAUAGAAGUGGCCUAAUAAAGCUCAUUUUAUUUUGUCAAGAAAGGCCCAACUCUUUGCUUAUUUUAAAUGAAGUGGCCGUAUCAUUUAGAAUCUA